ACUAUAAAAAAAAGUACAGUCAGCAUCAUCAUUGGCUAAAAUCCCCCCCCUUUAUUUUUUCUCUUUCUUUCUUUUCUUUCUUUCAAUAUGACACCAGCAGCCUCCAACAUAGCAAUAAACUUGAAUCACGGCUGUACAGAUUCACCACUCGAUCCCAAAUUAGAAACAACACAACAUUACAACUUUAAGCAUAUUGAGCGCACUGUCUAUGAACUAGCCGAAAGUCCUCAUCCAUUAGGCCAAAGUGUCAAGACAGCCCUACAAGUAAUUGAACGAGCCUAUCAAAAAUACGGUUUGGAUUCAAUAGCACUUUCAUUCAAUGGCGGCAAGGACUGUACUGUCCUUUUACAUCUAGUAGCAGCUGUAUUAAGUCGUAUGGAAUACACUAAGCCAAUACGUACAGUGUUUGUAACUUAUCCUAAUCCUUUCCCUCAUGUGGAUGCGUUUGUCAAGGUGUGUAUUGAACGAUAUGGAUUAGACUGCGUAUAUAUUCCGGGGCCAAUGAAGGCAGCAUUACAGCAGUAUUUGGAUACUACGCAACCUACAAAGGCUAUCUUUGUCGGCAUUCGACGCACAGAUCCUUAUGCAGGUAAGUAGAGAUAUAUGAUCUUUUAGGUAUAUACGUAUUGACAGGCAACAGCCAAUCUUUCCCAUUUUGAACAGACAGAUAAAGAUUGGCCAGAUUUUAUGCGUGUCCAACCUAUUAUUGACUGGAGCUAUAAGCAUAUAUGGGAUUUCUUGCUUCAAUUAGGCAUCCCUUACUGUUCCCUUUAUGACCGAGGGUAAAGAAAGGAAAGGCAUAUGUGUUACUGAUACACUCUAUAGAUACACUUCUCUAGGAAGCAUGGAGAACACAUACCCCAAUCCCGAAUUAAAGGAUGAUACUCAACCUUGUGGAUUUAAACACGCUUGUGAACUACGAGAUGAAUUACACGAAAGAGAUGGUCGCAUUGGUUCUUCAAAAAAAUAAAAUGCAUUGUGUUACAUUUCUUUUUCUUUUUCUUUUUUUCAUUAAAGACAUGCUCAUCAAAGUGGAGCAAAAUAGAC